AUGGGUUGCAUAAGUUCCAAACAUCUGCCUUUCAGAAGAAAGUCGACACUGAAGGAGUCAUCAGAGAGGCGUUCCUCGGGAAUUGAUUCAUCGAGAGUAGAUGGGUUUGAUAGAUCGAGUAGCAGAGGAGAGGUCAAAGAUAAGUUGGUUGACUCCGGAACGUUUAGUUCCACUAGGUUUAAUGAUCAUCCUGAAAUAGUUGAUCACAUGGUUCAAGCUGUUCAUGAUCAGGACAUGACAAUGGUCUCAAGUGAUGUUGUAGAACCUGACUUGGAGAUUGGUCUUAAUGUUACAAAACCGAAGCUAGAUCGAUGGAAUAGCAGAGAUUCCAAAGUUCAUAUGGAUCAUGAUCAGGACUUGACAAGGGCCUCGAGUGCUGUUGUAAAACAUGAUGUGGAGAUUGGUCCGAAUGUUUUAAAACCGAAGCUAGACCAAUGGAAGAGCAACGAUUCCAAAGUUCGGUUGGUUGAGUCUGAUCAUCAUCAUCAGGCUGAGAAGGAACCAGAGAACCUUGGGGCUGAAGCUUCGGUUCAAGCAGUUCCUAGGGAAGUGAGCAAGAACCAGAGUAAUGUUGUCGUUGUUCCAAAGGACACAGAGUUGAAGCAAGUGUCAUCAGCAUGGCCUACUUGGCUAGUCUCGGUUGCUGGUGAAGCAUUAGUUGAUUGGGCUCCACGUCGAGCAAGCACCUUUGAGAAACUUGAGAAAAUAGGGCAAGGAACAUAUAGCAGCGUCUACAGGGCACGUGAUCUUAUCGAUAACAAGAUUGUUGCACUUAAAAAAGUCAGGUUUGAUCUAGACGACAUAGAAAGUGUCAAGUUUAUGGCCAGAGAAAUCAUAGUAAUGCGACGGCUUGAUCAUCCUAACGUCCUGAAACUAGAAGCAUUGAUCACUGCCCAUGUUUCAUCAUCACUCUACUUAGUUUUCGAGUACAUGGAUCAUGAUCUCUCAGGACUUUGUUCACUACCCGGUGUUAAGUUCUCUGAGCCUCAGGUUAAAUGUUACAUGCAACAACUUCUAAGUGGGCUUGAACAUUGUCACAGCCGCGGUGUUCUUCAUCGGGACAUAAAGUGCUCAAAUCUUCUUAUAGACCGUAAUGGAGUCUUGAAGAUAGCAGAUUUUGGAUUAGCCACAUUCUUCGACCCUGCCAAAACCAUACCAUUGACUAGCCAUGUUGUCACUCUUUGGUACCGACCACCAGAGCUUUUGCUUGGAGCAUGUCAUUACGGUGUUGGAGUUGAUCUUUGGAGCACUGGUUGCAUCUUAGGUGAAUUGUACGCUGGUAAACCCAUCCUACAAGGAAAAACCGAGGUAGAACAGUUGCAUAAAAUCUUUAAGCUAUGUGGUUCACCAGCAGAAAGUUACUGGAGAAAACAUAACUUACGGUCUUCAGAUGGAUUCAGAAGUAGGGUUCCUUAUAGACGGAAACUAUCAGAGAUGUUUAAGGACCUUCCCAAGAGUGUUCUUUUGCUUUUAGAGACUUUACUCUCUAUAGACCCUGAUCACCGGAGCACUGCAUAUAGUGCACUUGAGAGUGAGUACUUCAAAACCAAGCCGUUUGCUUGUGAUCCAUCUCAUCUACCAAAGUAUCCUCCGAGCAAAGAGAUUGAUGCUAAUAAGCGCGAUGGAGAAAACAGGAAACGAGAAAUGAGGGUGGAGAAACAAGAAAGGCAAGACUCAAGAUCACACGAGAGAAAACAUGUCCCACCUAUCAAAGCUAAUCAUACUCUAUCAAUAACCAUGGAGAAACAAUACCUAGAUUUGAAAAGCAGAAACGAUAGUUUCAAGUCGUUUAAGGAGGAGAGGACUUCUCAUGGCCAAGGACCUGAUCAUCAAUAUAUGCAUACUAGAAACAAGCAAAGUGAUGAGAGAGGUUCACAAUCAGGUCCAUAUAUGAGCAAACGGAAUAUGGCUAAGUCAACAAUUCAUGUGAAGGAGAAUGCACCUGCUCCUAGAGUAAAACCGAAGAUAUUAUCUGGCUCAGUCUCAUCCAAAGCAUUGUUAGAUCAACCAGUCAAGGAUCAAAGAAGAAGGGAUAGAAGAGCGUAUAAUAGAGCUGACACUAUGGAUAGUAGACAUAUGACAACACCAGUCUUACCAGCAUGGUAUAAUCCUAGUGAUAGCAAUAUUUACAUGUCCGGACAAAUGUUGGCUCAACCAAGCAGAGUGGAUCAGAUGCUUGAAGAACAUGAAAGACAGCUUCAGGAAUUUAAUAGACAAGCACAGAAGUCAAAUGAUGUGAGCAAAUCAUGAAACUAAACUCGGGAUUUAUCUUUUAAUCUCGAAAUUAGAGUGAGUUGCUCAAAGGGAGAAGAGAUGAGUCAAGUCAGAUUUGUUACAAAGGUUAGUGGUUCAUUUAUUUGGAUUAUACAUAAUGUUAAAUAAUUCUUGCGGCUCAAGCAGUGAUUGUUUGAUUAGAUUAUAAGUGUAUAUAAAGUUUUAUUAUAGAGUUUGAACAGCCGUGUACAUAUAUGCAAAGAAACUGUCCUUUACAUAUAAUUUACAAAUUUGAUUUUUUUUUUGUUUAUAGUGGUAAUGGUA